UUUUCAUAGCAGCGCCGCUUUACAUCUGCGGAGUCCGUUUACAUCUUCCUGCUGUGAGUAACGGUUAGGCGAAAAAACAUUAACGAACUCUCGCGAUACGCUUCAUUCUCCUUAAAAAGCGGAAAUCGUGUCCGGUGAUUCUGAAAGUGUGCAAUCUCACCCUUUAUUAAAAUCGGAUAGAAAAUAAACGCAAUCUAAAAAGUGCGUACGCAACGACAAAGUGACAGCGAAAUCCGCUCGAGUGGCGUGUCUGUAGAAGCGACUCUGUUUGGGCCUGCAUGACGUAAUUGUAUUGAUCGCAGAAGAAGAGCCGAAAGUCGCGCAUUCGCCAUCUUGGACGAAUUGUGGAAAAGAAGUAUCUGUGUCUCUCAGGCGCGGUACAAUUGUUGAGACUUGAGACUGUAAUCCGUGGCGAUCCGUGUAUUGAGUAGUUUUAAACGGGACUUAACCCCUUUGUGAACUGGCAACCCAUUUGGACGGACCAAGACAAACGGUUCGUUCUUUGGGUCUGAUUGGUACUAAAUGGUUGCCUGCAGACAGCAUGUCUACUCUGUCAGGGAUUUUGUCGAAGGGGGAGAAAGGAAAAUCAAAGUUUCAAUCGUUAGAUAUCAAUAAUUUGUAUCGGGUAAGCAGGGGAGAAUCCUUAGAACAACAUCAACAAAAAAACACAUUACCGCGCAAACAUGGCAUGCAAACCCUCGGAAGGGUGCCCUCGGCACGGAGACCUCCCGCUAAUUUGCCCAGUUUGAAAAGUGAAACUAGCAGCAGCGAUCCAGCUGUCAGUCUUGUACCUAGUGGAGGAAGUGGUUGGGCAACUACCAAGGAUUCAGGAUCUUCAAGCACUAAUACUAUUGUGUCCACAACAGCAACAGAUUCAAACACUACAAAUUCUUCACCAGCACAAUGUGUAACGGGGUCGACUGCACCAACCUCUCUUCAUCCUCUACUACCAGGACAACAAGGUACUUCACAUUCUUCCGAUGCAAACAACAAAUCAUCAUGGAGUGCAAUUAUGAGCAAAUCAGGAGAUGCAGUGGUUGGAUACGCGGGGCUCGUGGGGGGCGGAAGAGGGGGAAGAAGUGCCCCUGGGCUGAGUUUCCUUGCCCACCAGUCCCCGCAGUUCCAACACGAGUUUCCCAGUCUCAGCGGACAGCCCUCUGUCUCCGCCUCCAAUCAGAGCCAGACUCAAGAGUCCUCGGCAACAUCCAAUGCGAUCUCAGUCGCUGUCCAACACCACUCAUUGCUACAGCAACAGCCAUAUUCCCACAACCACUCAGGAGGUGCACUAAACAAUCAGCAGCAACAACAGAAUCGAGAACUAAAUGCACAGUAUGGUCCUGGACCAAGUCUACGCCCUCAAACAGAAGGAAGCUGGAUUCAAGGAGGCAGUCGCACGACAAGCGGGACAACAACAACAACAGGCGCUCCCGGAAAUGGGAAUACUCCGGCGGUCCAGGGCCCCCCAAUAGUAGGUCCCAGUGGUUCUACGGGACACACGGAGGCACUCGCUGGCGGGCGACAGAACUUGGGCCAAUCGCCCAACAUGGCUAUGGGCCAGGCAGGCCAGAGUACUUCCCCUAAUAGUCAAGGUCCACUUCCUUCUGGUUCACAUCAGAUAUAUAGAGGAAACUUUCCAAGUGGAUUCCCAUCUCAGUUUUCACCAAACGUAGGAUCGGGUGGUCCACGGCCACGAUUCAAUUAUCCUCCAGAUCGCUUUCCUCUUCCUCAACGACCGCAAGAACGCGAUCGUGUUCCAGAGGAAGAGAUCAUAACGCGUCCUAUUAUUAAAGAAGAAGAUUUAACAAGAAUGGACGAUAUCUCGCGUGACGCAGGCUGGGCAGCGCACGAUGAUAUUGAUUAUAACCAGAAAUUGGCUUUUAGCGAUGACGAACCUGAACCUGAGCCCCCGAAAAAGGAAGAAAAAAAAGAUGUUAAGGCAGAAGAAAAAUUAGAUGAGAAUCAUUCGGAAAAUAAAGAUAAACCAAGGGACAAUCGUGAUAAUAGAGAAACUGCAAAAGAUAAUCGAGAUCAACCUACGCAUCGUCCAUGGAAUCAAAGCACUCUAUCCCGAGAUUUACGUGGUCCUAAUGGUCCAAAUUGCUUCUCUACUCAAUCAUCGCUGCAAUCGGUGCAUUCCUUGAGAGUAGACGCAGAAGACGACGAAGCGUGGAAUGAAAGACGCAGAUUGAAAGUUGAAGUUGCAUUUGUUGUUAAACGUGCCCGUCAACGCAAGGAAGAAGAAGAAAAAAGAUUCCAAGAAUCUACUAAACAAGCGGCAGCUAAAAAAUUACAAGAUUUGGAAAAGAAAUUACAAGAAAAACAAUCAAGACAAAAAGAAGAUGAACGUGGACCACCACCUGAACCAAAAGGUCUCAUUAGUGUUCCGCCUGUACCUAUUCCUGUACCCGAAUGGGAACGCGAGAAAGAAAUCAGAGAACGUGAAAAUCGAGAACGUGAACGGGAACGAUCUCGCACUUCUUCUGAAGGAAAAGAUGAUAAAUCUACUCGUGAAUCUCGUGAACCUAGGGACAAUAUAAGAGAAUCUAGAGACACCCGCGAUCAGUUGAUUAAUGAUCGUCAGAAUGAUCGACAACUUGAUCGUCAAAAUGAUCGACAAAUUGAUCGUCAAAAUGAUCGACAAAUUGAUCGUCAAAAUGAUCGACAAAUCGAUCGUCAAAAUGAUCGACAACUUGAUCGUCAGAAUGAUCGACAACUUGAUCGUCAGAAUGAUAGACAACUUGAUCGUCAGAAUGAUCGACAAAUUGAUCGUCAAAAUGAUCGGCAAAUUGAUCGUCAAAAUGAUCGACAAAUUGAUCGUCAAAAUGAUCGACAAAUUGAUCGUCAGAAUGAUCGACAAAUUGAUCGUCAGAAUGAUCGACCAAAUGAUCGUCAAAAUGAUCGACCAAAUGAUCGGCCAAAUGAUCGGCCAAAUGAUCGUCAGAAUGAUCGACAAAUAGAUCGACAGAAUUUCCUGAGACAACCAGAUAUUGCAGCACGCAGUGAACGUGAACGAGAACGUGAUCGUGAUCAACGCGACAUUAGAGAUCGUGAAUAUCCUGGAUUUUUACGACAUUUCCAAACUAACAUACCGCCCAGAUUUCAAAAACAACAAGCAGAAAGAAGUGGUUCUGGGUUUAACCGCAUUUCACCGAGCGCAGAAAGAUCAUCUCAAUCUGUUUCAUUUGCUCAACAAUAUGACUCUGGAAGAUGGGGUCACAAUCAUAAUAAUUUAAUAGAUAACAAUACGAAGCAAUCACAUGCAGUACCGCCACCUCGACGAAGUAGAAUCGAUUCAGAUGUAUCAUCACCGUUGGAGGAGGAUCGUUCUUCAUCGCGUGACCAUCGUGGACAACUAUCCAGAGAAGAUCGUUAUCGUCAUCCUGUACAUCGAAAAUCAGGUGGCUAUUAUGACGAGUAUACUCGUACCUACAAAGAUUACGAUUGGGACGAUAGACAUCCUCGCGAACCUUGGGAACGCGAGAGACAUUUCGAUGAUAAGGAACGAGAAACAAAUUUGGAUUCAAGAGAUGGUAGGGAAAGUAGAGAGAAUCGACCGAUUAGACAAAAUCGAGACAGCGUUGAAAAUCGUGAUCGAGACAAUAAAGAAAAAAAGGACUAUGACAAUUAUUUGAAGGAUACUUGUGAUGAACGCGAGCGUUGCGAUGAUAGGGAACGUUCCGAUGGCACCGAAUGGCGUGAUGAUCGUACUCAAGAGAGACAAACUGAAAAACGACGUGAAAUACCACGAGAAGAACGUAUUGAACGUAAUGAACGGCCACAAAGACCGGAUUCGCGUGACAGUCGUACGUCAAGAGAAUCGAAAACGUCAUCACGUGAUGAUGAGCCUCAUAAAUUGCGCGAUUGUGGCUUAUGGGUAAAUGAAAUUUCGGAUUAUGAAGAAAAAAAGCGAGAUCUUUAUCAUGAAAAUAAUAGAGAAAGAGAAAGAGAAAGAGACAGGAGACAGCCACCUGGUCCUGUUACUAAAGAAAAAUUAGAAGCAGAUGAUCUAAAGAGCGAGAAACGUAAUUUGACUCAAUUGAAAAGAAAUAGCUCUGAGCAAGAGAAGAAAGAUACAGUAAAGGAAACUGUAACUGAAACGAAAAAAGAAACUGAUAUCCGUAGCAGAAAAUCUGAACGUAUAACUGAAACAAGCAAUAGACCUGUAGAAAGAGGAGAUAGUUCUCCGAAAGCUUGGGCUGAUGCUGUAUCACCGACGUUUGAAAAGGAAGAGGAAAAGAUAUUGGAAACUUUUAAAGACAUAAAUGAAUUAGAGAAUGUAAAACAGAAUUUGGAAAAAUUGACUUUAGAAAAACGAGGAGAGGAUGUGCAUAUUGAAGAUACGAAUAAGGAACAUGUGAAAGAAGAAAAACGUGAGAAGAAUACACGGAAUAGAACAAGCAGCGGAAGCUCCAGUUCACGAGCUCGAGAUUGUCGAGGUGGACGUCAAUGGGGAGGAUCGAUUUAUACACGUUGGAGUGGUCAAGAAUCUAGAGGAAGGAGAGGUGGGUCUAAAUCUUCGGGUAGACCAGCAUCUGCUAGAAGUGGUUCCUAUGGUCACACUGAUUCUGAAAAUAGUGCAGACGAAGUUUCUGGCUCAACCGAAUCAGGAAAAGAAGAAAGGAGGUCUGCAAAAUCACCGAAACUGUCUCAGAAGAUCGAUAAGGAAGAACGUAACAGAGAGGUAUCUAGACGAGAAGACAAACGAACUGGAGAAUAUUCCCAAACACGAAAUGAAAAACGAUCGUACGAUGGAAAACCAAGUCGUGAAGGAUUUGCACCGUCCGGUGAACCAUCCAGACGAGGUCGAGGUGGAUUUAGAAUCAGGUCUUCUGGUAAUAACAGUAAUCGCAUGGAAGGAUAUGGGCCACCAUCCAGUAAGAGUCCUUUCUCAUCGGAACGUAAUGCUGAGGAAAAACAGAAUACUGCUAAACAAUGUUCAACGACGACUGCAUCGGAUAAAGAGACAAAUAAUCCCGCGAGCACUCCAAUAGAAUCUAGUGACGACAAAAUGAUAGCGAAACAACAAGCUCUUACAGCUGGUAUAACUGGUAGACGUACAAAAUCACCGAAUCCACAGAGUCAACAAUCUAAUAAACAGGAUAAUCAUCAAACAUCUGGCAAUGUUGUAUCACAAAAGCCGCAUAAGAAGGAGGAAUCUCUCUCCAAGAGAACUCGCAGUGGAAGUAGAAGGGGUAAAGACACCCGGGAAUCACGUUUUCGUGGUAGCAGCAGUAACGUAUCGAAACAAACUUCUUCCGACGUAGGUAAUGAAGAAUGGGAAACCACAUCUGAAAAUAGCGAAGACCACAUGGAUGAUCACAAAGAGUCUCGUAAUAGUCGUAACAAACAUUUCAAUGGACGUGGAAAUCAAAAUUCCAACCAGAAUGCUAUGGGUGGUAAUUUACAUUCUCGUAGAAACGAGCAAGGUGGAAAUAAUCGAGAUCAACGUGAAAAGAAUAGCAAAUCUUCCAGUGCGUCAUCAAGGGCACCAGGAGCGGAGAAGCGAAAUGUUCAAAAUUCAUCAUUCUGUAAUCAAAGAAAUCAGUCAUCUAUAAGCCAAUCACAAAAUGGUAGAUCAAGAAGUCAAGGUUCUUCGCAUGGUGGAUCGAUGUCUAACAAGUCAUCUAGUAAUAAGGAAAAUACUGUGAAUCGUAUUGAUGAAAUCAAAUUGAAUGAACCAAAUUUGGUUAAUCAAGCCUUUAAUGAUAUGAACAAAAAAAGUCAAUCGAAAGAAAAGAAAAUAGUUGACAACGUUUCAGACUCAAAUAAUUUUACUGAAGAUGGAUCGACUAUUGCGGAAGAUAAGUUGGACUCUGAUGGUUUUCAAGAAGUUCGUUCGAAGAAAACCGUGAAAGAACCCAGGCACUCUCAAAAAGAUGAAAUCAAGCCAUUAGCGAAGAAGGAAAAGGAACGAGAACGUGAUCGUUCAAAAUCUAAAUCAAAUAAUGGAUCUCAACAAAUUUCUCAACAAACCCAAAAUAUACCAUCAUUAUUGGGUCAAUCUAUACAGCAGCCAGUAAGCAUGCCACAAAAACAAUAUGAUAAAAAUACAAAAGGUCUGAAACUCCCACCAAGAUUUCAAAAACAACGCUUGGCGAAGCAACAACAACAACAGACAUUUGCUGAUCCAAAUGAUGUAAAUAAAAUGAACAGUUCUGGCAACAAUAAUAUGAAAGAUUCGUCUGGUGGUCCAGCACCCCCACCUUCUGUGAAUGCUUGGGACAAACCUUUCAUCAGUCAAUUACGCUCAAAUUCUCCUUCCGCUGUCCCAGCUGACGUUCAAUUGAUGUCCGGUUUAACUUCGCAAAAUGAUCAAGUUCACGAAAAUAAUGAGCAAGUUAACUCUGGCAGUAGCAGUCAACGGAAUUCUCCAAGCGGUGAAAAAGCUGGAAAGAACACGAAAGAUCUCGUAGAGAAGAAUGUUUCCGAUGUUUCUUCACCACCGGUUCAAACUUUAAUCUUUGAGAAUACAAAUUAUUCAAAAACGACUAAAACAACGCCAACUGAUUUAGCCAUGAAAUCCAAAUUUUCAAAUCAUGUUCAGAAACAGCAACGCGUAGAUAAGCGUGUGGAUAUGGAAGAGGAAGGCAAUCCGAUGCAUCAACAUUCGCAACAAUCAUUGUCGGUUGCUUUCUCCAACAAACCGAAUGACCUUAUGAAGAAUAAAAACCAGGAGCCUAUUCAAAUGCCUUUAUCAUUUAAUAAGAACGAAGAUAAUGCCGAUAUGAAGCUUGAUUUUACAUUCGACUCUGAUCUCUCGCAAUUGACAGAAGACAAAAGCAAAACUUUGGGAAUGACUCGAUCCAUGCACAUGAGUUCUGGACAAAGUACGAUAUCACCCUCAACUGCAGAGCUUAAUUUGAAGAUAGCUUCGGUAAAAAAGGUUUGGGAAAAUGCCACUCCUAUGCCGACUGUAGUCGAACAUGAAGAUGGUGGUAAUGUCGUCAGUACCGCUAACAGUUUUCCUCAAGCUUUUGAGAACAGCGACGUCGAUGAUAGUUACAGCCCACAUCAGCAGUACAACCAGAAUAACAUGAAAAAUGAAAUCACAACGUCUACGAACGUGUGCAAGCUGGUUCCCCCGCAGGUGAAGCCGCAGCAACAAUCCGCGGGAAGCAAUGGAACCCAACCUGGUUCUACUGUACCCGGCCCGAGUCCUAUUGGAGCUGGACAGAGUCCCAUGGGUCAUCCACCUGCUAGCCUUCAAGGACCUUUAAGCCCACCACCAUUCAAUUCAACUGGUCAACCUUCUCAUAUCAAUUAUCAGGAGUUUCCACAAUAUCCUGGAUCACAAGCCGCACAAUACGGUAGCAUGUCUGCUAUACCUUCACCACCAGCAAUGUUAUUCAAUACAGGUUCUGGUCAAUUACCAGCACAAGCAGGUGGUUUAUAUGGUGCUUUCCAGUUGGAUCAAAGUCGUUCUCCUUUCACGCAAUAUCCACCCUAUGGACCAUCCCUACAAAGUUCAUUCAACCAGCAAAAUGUAUAUUUGCCACAGCCACCACCACCGCCACCACAUGCUCCAAGUGCGCCAACUCCUGAUAUGUAUCCCAAUAAUUUAUCGCAAUAUCGUAUUACUGCUGCAACUGCACCUCCGUUUGGACAAAAUCAGCAGCUUAGUAAUAACCCAAAUACAGUUCUUAUCAGUUCAUCAUCGAAUUCUUUGAUGUCAGCAAGCGUUAAACCAUCUUCUCAACCAAUUGGUGCAAUUGGUACUAAAGCAGCGCCUCAUUUUCAAGCACCAUCUGCACCACAGCCAAAUCAAUUACCAUACAUACCUUAUGAUCCAAACCAAGUACUCAGUGUAAGCGGUAGUUACAUGGGCAACUCUCAGUUGGUGCAGAGACCGGGUCCUAAUGUACAGGCAUCAGCAAAUAGUUAUUAUAGUGCUACAUCGGCUGAUGUAUUUCCGGGAUCACAAACUGGUUUUUACCAGCCAGGUGGUGCUACACAGCAAACUGGCACUCACUAUGGCCUUCAAGGAUUUGGUCAGCAUAGUCAAAGCCUGGCAACUGGAAGUGCAACGCCUGUUGGUCUUCAAAAUUUUAGUCCUGGAUUUUUGUCUAAUUCGGGACUACAAAUAGCUGCUGCUGCAGCAGCACAGCAAUUUCGGAAUCCAACCGGAGGUUUACCUGCUCCAGCUAAUGCAACUUCUACAUUCCUAAAUAAACAUCAACCGCAGGAACAACCUAGACAGUUAAAAAGUCCGUCGGGAAAUCAGCAAGAUGUUUUAGCAUCUGUUUUCAACGCAACGCCCCAAAUACCAUCUCCUAAAUCGAGAAACUGCAAACAACAAACGUCAUCACAGCAACCGCAACCAAGUCCUACACAACAUCAUAAAUAUCAACAAUAUCAGGGCGUUAGUCAAUCUGCUUUGGUAAGCAGCUACAGCAACUAUGUAUUACAACAAAAUGUACGAGGAAUGGGUAUGCCACCACGAGCUGGCAUACAACCAUCACAACAACGCUAUCCACCGCCUAUACAAAGGCCAGUUGUACCCUUUGCGCAAGGUCCUACUUUGAAUAAUUCUACGCAACAACCUAAUUCCAUGCCGUCGCAGCAACAAGCACAGAUAAACAGACACAGACCAAAUUUACAUCAACAGCAACAACAACGAAACAUGAAGAUGCAACAACAACAAUACUAUUCUUCGCAAGGAAAUGUUAAGAUCGAUUCAAAUGAUAAGACUGAUUCGCACAAUGACAAGAUCAACGAUGGGAAUUCUGGAAAUCAAUCAGGAGGCAAUAAAUCUAAUGUGAAUCAGCAAGAUAGUGAUACCAAGGAAGAAGUGAGUCAACAAAAUGAGUGAAUGUGAAAGCUGCGGAAACGAUCCGUACACAACUAAGCGUUGAAUCAAUUCAUUAAAACAAAUAACAGUAAAAAAACGCAAACUAGUAUUUCCCCGAUCGAAGGAACUAAUCCAGAUUAUGAAGUUACCUUAUGUUUGGCAUAUUGAGACAAACAGCUUGCAAGGUUCACGCAGAUAAUAUGAAGAAAGAUUUUUAUCAAUGGCGUAUUAGAGAUAAACGAUUUGGUGGAAUUACUCUUUAUUCGAACGUGCGGUUUUAAUUUGAAAAAUACUUAUGCCGCGAAACGUCCUCGUCUCCAUGAUCGAUAAAGAAACAUGCGCUUCUUGCUAAGCAUUCCCAUUUUAUCAAUCUGAGAUUCACGAACUUCGUUUAUGUCUCUAACGAUGAAUAUCGGAUACGUAUCUGAAAAAAAGACGAAUUAUUUAGCGGAUUUUGCACGGGAUAAUCGAGAAUUCAAAAAUACCUACGAUCGUUUAAUGCACCCGAAUGAACUUCGGAUAUGAAUCGAUGUUCAUUUGUGUACUUAAUGGUAGUCGACGGUAGAUGACACGUCAUAUAAAUCGUAUCUUUAAAAAAGAGAAAACAGGGGGUGGGAGAAAAAAGUGGGGCUGAAUUUGUUGUAUAUCUUUACUGUCUCUAUUGCCGAUUUACAAUACAGUACGCAAGGAACAGACGCAACAAAAGGUAUUGUCCAAUCGUCGUAUUAUUCGUAUAGCAUUACUAUAGAAGAGAAAAAGUGACGAAAAGAAAAAAGGAGAAUGCAUAGGGGAGAGAAAGAGAGAGAAAGAAAGAAAGAGAAAGGAAGAGGCAUGGGAGGGUAGAAGAAACUUCUACGCGAUCGGAAUAAGAGAAAAAAAAUGAAGUUACUCGUGCACUUUGAUCGUAUGGAUUUGAAAUGAUAUAUCGUGAUCCCGUUGCAGUGACAAACGCCGUAAAGUCGUGUAUAUUGGACAUUAUGGAUAUCGCAAGGUUAUGAGCAAAUCUGCGCAAAAAGAAUAGUAAAAAGCAAUUGUUUAUAUAUAUCGCACAGAUCAUGCCAUAAUCUCGCCUUGCUCUGAGAGUGCUCUAUCGUGUUAGGUAUGUAAUGUGUACGGUAUUUUUUUGUGAAGUGCGGGAAGCACGAAAUAUUAUCGGUAUUCCUCGGCUUGGAAGUGUUCUGCCGAAUCAAGUGGAAAACACGCUAUAUCGCAGCAUACAAGUCGUGAAAAAAGAAUUGUAUAUUCUCUGCUUUUGUUGCAAUUUAAGCAUUAUUAUAAAAAUGAAGCCAAUAAAAAUAAACAGUAGUGUUUACAGGA